AUGGCUGAACAUGAGAUCGCUACCGGUAACGACCGGAAGUUCAAUUGGGAUGAUGACGACGACGAUGACUUUGAUCUGGAUACUUGGAAAGCCACUGUUGAUACUUCUUCACCAAGUGUUGACGAACUUGGCCCACUUCAACUGUCGCGUUGUGGAGAGAGCAUAGAAGCUACUUCAUCAUAUGUACCAGAACACGACACCGACGGAGACGCAUAUAUGGAGCCUUUGGCCUCGCAUGUCACCAACAUGGCUCUUGACCAGUCACUGGAAAUUGACCUAGGGGACGGACACACACCUGAGCUGGAAGCUGUUGAAGCGUCAUCGGAAGCCGUAUGCAGCAACAUCAUCAAUACUACUACGGAAGAAGAGAUUGCUUCUGCACGUCAUGAGUACCUCACUCACGCUAUUGGUAUAUACUAUGACGGCAAGGACGAGGCUGAUGUGCCGGCAUACCCUGAACUGAGCCCCUACAAUGAUCAACGGUACCGAUAUGCAAAAGCAUUCCAAAACGUAAGCCAAUUGACUGGAAGGCAAAGAGCACAGGUAUAUCGCCAUUCGCCAUUGGUAUUUGUGACAGGGAUUGAGGAAGCGCAUUUGAUCGGCAACAGAAGAAGGUACGAAAACGUCUCUAGGGAGAAAGCAACAGAAGUCAAAAACAUGGACUUGUAUGAGCCACCAGAGCUACAGGAGCCGCAGCCGGAUUUCAACAUUGUCUAUGGAGAAGAGGAGCAGGAGAAUGCAAACGAGCAAGUUGCGCCGCGGAGAACACCAGCUCAAGAACACUUUUCGAGAGACGAGCUAAAGGAGUUGAUCGGGAUGUGGAAAGCACAACAAGAAAGGGAUGGUGCCGAAGAGCCUGAAGAGGAAGAGGAAGAAGAGGACUCAAGUUCCAUUGAUACAUGGGAGAAGAGCGACGAAGACGAAGAAGAAACAUUCGAGCCGCUUGAAACCGAGUUCGAUGACGACGAGAACAUGUUCUCCAUUGUUCGGCCCCUAGAACCCAGAGCCUCCACCCACAACGAGGAGCUCGACUUCAAUGACGUUGUUUUUUGCGCUGAACCUGAAUACGAAACCGGGGGCCGCGAUGAAGGAUACAUGUCUUCAUCUCCACCAAUAUCACCUGUUAUAGGCACAUGUAUUGAUGGGUGCGGCUGGCAGGCGCAACACAUCGAGGCUCCGGUUCGUCCUAAAAGAGCGGUACGCGUGGAUUCUAUGGAUGCGCUUGAUACGCUGGCGACUGUUGAGGAGUACGGUGCAUCGAGUGACGACAGUUGCGACGAAGAAGAGGAGACGCCAGAGAUGGUGGAGAGGAAGCACUACGAGACCAAAAUCGGCAAUCGCAACGACAUCAUAUUGAAGACUCUCAAUCACGAUGAGCCCACUAAAACAACGCCGUCUUUCAGCAUGAAAGUAGACAGCGGUAGCACUUCUGCCGUCGAGGCCGCAGUAUGGAAGGAGCUAAGCAAGGACUGCUCCGUCUCACAUCUCACUGUCACACCUUCAACCUACCCCGAGCAAACAAAACAGCAACAACAACAACAACAACAACAAACACUUCCCGCUGCCUACGUCAGCAGCGUUCUCACCACAAGCUUCCUUUACAUCAGCAUGCUAACUGCUGGAACUGUCAUCAGAGGCUCCAUAGGUGCCGCCACCCCUCGCGACACCCGAGCACCAAAGAUGCACUGA